AUGAACAAAUCGACCCUGGGGCCCAGCGUCAGCUUUUUGCCUGAUGAUUCCGGCUGCGUGAUUUGUGAGGGCCCCGCCCACGGCUUCCAUUUCGGUGUGCCCGCCUGCCGAGCUUGUGCCGCGUUCUUUCGAAGGAGCUACGUCCUUGGCCGAGACUACAAAUGCAGGAAACAAACCGGUCGCUGUAAUAUUUCCAAAGAUACUCGAUACCUCUGCCGUGGCUGUCGGCUCGAGAAGUGUAUCCGGUUGGGGAUGACGCCUGAAAAUGUGCAAUACGACAAGGAGACCGCACCAGCACCCCCAAAAAUGCGCCCACAAAAGGAUGAAAAGGGGGGGAGGCUCGUGGGAUUACCGGAAACGUCCGGAACCCCGGAGAAGCACUUCACGCCCUACUAUGCAAAAGAGGACCCACCAGAAGUUAAGGCUAAAACCUGUGCGGAAGUGGAUCGAAGGACCAAGCAGGUCGAGGAGAUUUUGAACGCAAAUCCGCCACCCCUGGAUACCCCAUUCCACUUGACGGCUCUCCAGAAGAUGUUGAUCGCGACGCAAAAGUUGCGCACCAACAUCAACCCCAAUCCGACGGUGAUGACACAAAUCACCCUCUUUAACGGAUUCCAUCGAUAUUGGGAAAGAAUGAUGGAAGGCUGGGCAAAGUGGAUGAUGCAUUGCGAUGAAUUCGCGCAAUUGGACCUCGACCAGAAGAGACUCAUCCUCAAAAACACGUGGUCCUCCCUGACCCGCCUCGACAGAAUCUCAAUUUCCAUUGAUGCCUUUGGUGAGGAGGCAGUCACGAAAAGGAAAUGCUACACUACAAAAGAUCACUGUAUCACACGGGAUACGGUAUUCGACACAUCCGCUGUCAGUACCCUCGAUAAUCAAGAGCUGUGCAGCUCGGUGGCUCCAGUUAUUGAGCAGCUUUUUGAAGAGGUGGCACGCCCAUAUCUCAACCUAAAAGUCACACAAUUUGAGUUUGUCUUCUUGGUGUCGUUGACGAUGUGGAAUGUUGAGACAUGGGGUGUCUCCGAGACGACGUUACGCACCGCAGAGUCAUUCCGCGAGCGAAUCUCGAACGAGCUACACGACUACUAUGUACACUCGAUGAAUGUGCCCAACUAUGCCGAUCGAUUGCUUUCCCUAAUCUCUAUCGCCAGGGCCAAUGAGAAAGUGCAACAAUCACGAGGGGAUCUGCUCCAGAUCUUCCGGCUAUUCGACCUGCUUCGCAUCGACUUCCCGCCCCACGAAUUGUUUGACUGGAAACGGAUG